UCUCUUGAUUCCUUCUUUCCUUGCUUACACGUUGGUGCUCAAAGAUGCCAUGUUGGCGGAAGUAUAUUUCAUGAAUUGUGUUUUAAAGAAUUACUGGAUAAGUUGCACUGACACUGUUGUUUUUAAACUGUAAAUCUGUUAUUUUGACGAUUUCCAUAACAAUGGAGAAGAAGAAGAUGAACCUACCAAAGGGACCUAAUACUCUCUGCUUUGAUAAGGAUGAAUUUAUGAAGGAUGAUUUUGAUGUUGAUCACUUUGUAUCAGAGUGUAGAAAGCAUGUCCAGCUUGAAGAACUCAGAGAAGACUUGGAACUUUAUUAUAAACUUCUUAAAACUGCAAUGGUGGAACUUAUUAAUAAAGAUUAUGCAGACUUUGUUAACCUUUCAACCAAUUUGGUUGGAAUGGACAAAGCUCUCAAUCAACUCACAGUGCCAUUGGGCCAGUUGCGAGAAGAGGUGUUGAGCCUAAAGUCGUCUGUUAGCGAAGGUAUCCAAGCCAUAGAUGUCCGUUUAUCAAAACAAGAUGAUAUUCAAAGAAAAAAGAUUUGUGUCUUAAAGCUGAUUCAAGUUGUGAGAUCUGUUGAGAAAAUUGAAAAAAUUCUUCAUUCUCAUACCUCCAAAGAAAUGUCUUCUCUUGAAAUAAAUAGCCCUCUCCUAGCUGGACACAUUUUGGAAAGGAUUGCUACAGAAUUUAAUCAGCUGCAGUUUCAUGCUGUACAAAGCAAGGGUAUGCCACUUCUGGACAAAGUGCGACCUAGAAUAGCUGGUAUAACUGCUAUGCUUCAACAGUCUUUGGAAGGUCUACUUUUAGAAGGUCUGCAGACUUCUAAUGUCGACAUUGUACGUCACUGCUUAAGGACUUAUGCAACAAUAGACAAAACACGUGAUGCAGAAGCUCUGGUUGGUCAAAUACUUGUGAAGCCUUAUGUAGAUGAGGUCGUAGUUGAACAGCAUGUCAAGUCACACCCUAAUGGUCUGCAAGAAAUGUAUGGAAAGUUACUGGCGUUUGUACCACAUCAUUGUCGAUUGCUACGAGAAGUGACUGGGGGUACCAUUUCAAGUGACAAAGCAGAUAUUGUCCCUGGGUAUGAUUUUCUGGUGAAUUCUGUCUGGCCAGAGAUAGUGAAAGGUCUAGAGGAGAAAAUCCCAUCCCUUUUUAAUCCCGGGAAUCCUGAUACAUUUCAUGAGAAAUACACAAUAAGCAUGGAGUUUGUGAGAAAAUAUGAACGGCAGUGUGGAUCCCAGGCCAGCGUGAAGAGACUUCGAGCUCACCCUUCCUAUCUGAGCUUUCACAAUAAAUGGAAUUUGCCUGUUUAUUUCCAAAUCAGGUUUAAGGAGACUGCUGGAAGCUUGGAAACGGCAAUGUCAGAAGGUUUACACAAAGCACCUGAUGGAAGUGCUUAUCAGUUGCUGGUCUCCCACGUUCUGUGGAACAACCUGGUUAAGUGCUGGUGUGACCAGAUUUAUCUACCGCUGUUAGCUCACCGAUUCUGGAAGUUAACUUUACAGUUACUGUCACGAUAUUCAAAGUUUGUCAAUGAGAUGCUAUCUAAGGCUACUUCCACAGAAGCUAAAAAAGAAACUACAAACCACCUGUCUACUAUUGGACAUUCUGCAUCAGCCCCAAACCUCAGUUACACUGAAGACCUGGGCAGUGGAUCAGAAACUGAGGCAAAAUCAACUGUGUUAUCAACAAAUCAGCUGGUUUACAUUGUAUCUGAUUUAGACACACUGCACGACCAGGUCUCUGAACUCCUGGAAAUAAUUAAACACAAACUGGAGCUUAUUGGAUUCAAUAAUUUUGCCAUAAUUUCAGAUUCUCUAGCCGACUCACAAGCAUCACUGUCUAGUUGCAUACCAGCAUUGAGUAGCAGGAUUACCCAGCGUUUAAGUGACACUUGUUUCAGUUAUCUGAGAAGUGCAUCUGAAGUUCCAAGACUCUACAGGAGGACAAACAAGGAAGUCCCAACAAAGGCAUCAGCAUAUGUUGAUAACGCAUUAAAGCCCCUCCAUCAACUCCAGGAUGACUAUCAAAGCAUGCUUAAACAGUCAAUUAUACAGGAUUGGCUGAGAGGAGCGCUCAGUAACAGCACCCAGAGGUAUUAUGAAACCGUGUCAGAUGUUUUGAGUUCGGUUAAAAAAAUGGAAGAAAGUCUAAAAAGACUGAAGCAGGCUCGGAAAACUGUAACCUCAAGCAGCACAGGGACAAACAGAGGCCUCAGUGACGACAACAAGAUUCGGUUACAGCUAGCACUGGAUGUGGAAUAUCUAGGGGAUCAGAUCCAGAAAAUGGGACUACAGACAAGUGAUAUCAAGCUGUUUUCAGCUCUUGUUGAAUUGAUUCAGUCAGCCAAAGAUCUGGCGUCAACAGAACCGCUUUAACUUACUGCAUAAUAUGUGGCUGUGUAUUAUUUCUAUGUCUUUUAUGGUACCGAAUUUCAGAAGCACUACAGUCCAGGGAUUCGGGUUUUGUCCUGUGUUUUUCGCAGUUAAAUGCUGCAUGUCAGCUGGGUCAGUUAGAUCAUGUACACAAGUUUAUUUGUGCAUUUGAAGGUUAACGUAAUUGAGGGGUGUGAAUGAAUGUUGGAAAUUUAAACCAAUUUCAUAAUUAAGAAUGUUUUUCCUGUCAAUAAAGAUUUAACUCCUAUUA